GCUCCUUCCUUAAUUGCUAAUAGUUCGGUUUUGAAGGUUUGCUUAUUGUACUUUUCUUUCUAAUAGUUUCAAUAGUUCCAUUGGUUACAGAGACAGGCGUUUCAGACUUGGAUAUUUGGUGUCCUCUGUUUUGACAUCAGUGAGAUGUAAAGUGUAAUAGAAUUGUAAUUGUUGUAGGAAUGUCUUUGUCAUUUGUGGAUGAUCACUUCCAGUUUGCUGAAAUGAAUAUUAGGCAUACGGGUAAUAUGGAUGAAACCAUGGCAAUGGUACGUCGAGCAGUACGGAUGGGUUACGACUGUGUCGUAGUUAAUACUGAUAUAGGACAGAUGAUGCGGGAAGAUGAUGGUGAGCCACCGUACAAGAAAAAGAAGAAAGGUGGCAAGGAGCGAAAUGUUAUACCGGAUCCAAUUAAUAUUGAUUGUUCCGAAUUGGAUACCAGUAUGCUUGAAGCAAAUGGGAAACGUCUCAGGAUUUUCAGUCGUCUGACUACUACCGUAUCAAACAGCACAGAGGUUCAUUUACUAAUGCAUCAUCCUCAGCUGAAAAAAUAUGAUUUGAUUGCCGUACGUCCAUCAGAUGAUCAGAUCCUUCAGACGCUAAGCAAGAAGGGUGAUUUCGUCGAUAUCAUUACUUAUGAGCAGGCAUCAACAUCUGUUGGUUGGCUCAAUAAAAGCAAGAUUAUUCAACUUUGUAUUAAUGAUGGUAUAACAUUCGAGAUCACCUAUGCCGAUGCUUUGAAAGACAGCAGUCAAAGACGAGAGGUGUUAACAAAUGGUCGACAGCUGUUAAUGUCUGCGAAAGGUGGUAAUGGCGUUGUAAUAGCAAGUGGUGCUGAAAGGAUGAUUGAUAUCAGAGCACCAUAUGAUGCCGCCAAUAUUUCAGUUCUUUUUGGUAUUCAUCCUGGCUUUGCCCGGAAAUUCGUUGCAGGUAAUGCUAAGAAGACUUUACUGAGAGCGGAAUCUCGGAAAACAUUGAAAGGUGGUGUGUUGAUACGAAACAAAGAAGAUUUACCGAAAAACCUCAUUGUACGUCUAAAUGUAAUUGAAAAGAUUAUGAGAAUACCGGAAUUUCGAGCUCAGCUGGAAAUUGUAAAGGAUGAAGUAGAAGAGGAAACCAAAAAGAAUUGAUUUUGGAGAAGAUAUAGCAUUUUUUAAAUUGAUUUCAUAAAAUAAAGCUAUUUUACUUUGCAUUAACUUUGGAAUCAGUAUUGGAUGAAAUUAUAAUUGGCAUUUCAAGUAGCAAGAUUAAUCCUUUCCUGUUUGUAACAAAAAGACUUUCAGCAAACUUUUUUAUGUUUAUUUUCAUGAACGUAUGUAAUAAAAUAAAAUGAAUGUGAUAUAAAGGCUUUACAUCCGGCUAAACAUCAGUUGUUCCUCAUCUUUGAUUUUAAUUUUAAUCCAUGUAGGUGGAAUGCAG